AUGCACAGAGGAGUGUCACCGGGAGUGUCACCGGGAGUGUCACCGGGAGUGUCACCGGGAGUGUCACCGGGAGUGUCACCGGGAGUGUCACCGGGAGUGUCACCGGGAGUGUCACCGGGAGUGUCACCGGGAGUGUCACCGGGAGUGUCACCGGGAGUGUCACCGGGAGUGUCACCGGGAGUGUCACCGGGAGUGUCACCGGGAGUGUCACCGGGAGUGUCACCGGGAGUGUCACCGGGAGUGUCACCGGGAGUGUCACCGGGAGUGUCACCGGGAGUGUCACCGGGAGUGUCACCGGGAGUGUCACCGGGAGUGUCACCGGGAGUGUCACCGGGAGUGUCACCGGGAGUGUCACCGGGAGUGUCACCGGGAGUGUCACCGGGAGUGUCACCGGGAGUGUCACCGGGAGUGUCACCGGGAGUGUCACCGGGAGUGUCACCGGGAGUGUCACCGGGAGUGUCACCGGGAGUGUCACCGGGAGUGUCACCGGGAGUGUCACCGGGAGUGUCACCGGGAGUGUCACCGGGAGUGUCACCGGGAGUGUCACCGGGAGUGUCACCGGGAGUGUCACCGGGAGUGUCACCGGGAGUGUCACCGGGAGUGUCACCGGGAGUGUCACCGGGAGUGUCACCGGGAGUGUCACCGGGAGUGUCACCGGGAGUGUCACCGGGAGUGUCACCGGGAGUGUCACCGGGAGUGUCACCGGGAGUGUCACCGGGAGUGUCACCGGGAGUGUCACCGGGAGUGUCACCGGGAGUGUCACCGGGAGUGUCACCGGGAGUGUCACCGGGAGUGUCACCGGGAGUGUCACCGGGAGUGUCACCGGGAGUGUCACCGGGAGUGUCACCGGGAGUGUCACCGGGAGUGUCACCGGGAGUGUCACCGGGAGUGUCACCGGGAGUGUCACCGGGAGUGUCACCGGGAGUGUCACCGGGAGUGUCACCGGGAGUGUCACCGGGAGUGUCACCGGGAGUGUCACCGGGAGUGUCACCGGGAGUGUCACCGGGAGUGUCACCGGGAGUGUCACCGGGAGUGUCACCGGGAGUGUCACCGGGAGUGUCACCGGGAGUGUCACCGGGAGUGUCACCGGGAGUGUCACCGGGAGUGUCACCGGGAGUGUCACCGGGAGUGUCACCGGGAGUGUCACCGGGAGUGUCACCGGGAGUGUCACCGGGAGUGUCACCGGGAGUGUCACCGGGAGUGUCACCGGGAGUGUCACCGGGAGUGUCACCGGGAGUGUCACCGGGAGUGUCACCGGGAGUGUCACCGGGAGUGUCACCGGGAGUGUCACCGGGAGUGUCACCGGGAGUGUCACCGGGAGUGUCACCGGGAGUGUCACCGGGAGUGUCACCGGGAGUGUCACCGGGAGUGUCACCGGGAGUGUCACCGGGAGUGUCACCGGGAGUGUCACCGGGAGUGUCACCGGGAGUGUCACCGGGAGUGUCACCGGGAGUGUCACCGGGAGUGUCACCGGGAGUGUCACCGGGAGUGUCACCGGGAGUGUCACCGGGAGUGUCACCGGGAGUGUCACCGGGAGUGUCACCGGGAGUGUCACCGGGAGUGUCACCGGGAGUGUCACCGGGAGUGUCACCGGGAGUGUCACCGGGAGUGUCACCGGGAGUGUCACCGGGAGUGUCACCGGGAGUGUCACCGGGAGUGUCACCGGGAGUGUCACCGGGAGUGUCACCGGGAGUGUCACCGGGAGUGUCACCGGGAGUGUCACCGGGAGUGUCACCGGGAGUGUCACCGGGAGUGUCACCGGGAGUGUCACCGGGAGUGUCACCGGGAGUGUCACCGGGAGUGUCACCGGGAGUGUCACCGGGAGUGUCACCGGGAGUGUCACCGGGAGUGUCACCGGGAGUGUCACCGGGAGUGUCACCGGGAGUGUCACCGGGAGUGUCACCGGGAGUGUCACCGGGAGUGUCACCGGGAGUGUCACCGGGAGUGUCACCGGGAGUGUCACCGGGAGUGUCACCGGGAGUGUCACCGGGAGUGUCACCGGGAGUGUCACCGGGAGUGUCACCGGGAGUGUCACCGGGAGUGUCACCGGGAGUGUCACCGGGAGUGUCACCGGGAGUGUCACCGGGAGUGUCACCGGGAGUGUCACCGGGAGUGUCACCGGGAGUGUCACCGGGAGUGUCACCGGGAGUGUCACCGGGAGUGUCACCGGGAGUGUCACCGGGAGUGUCACCGGGAGUGUCACCGGGAGUGUCACCGGGAGUGUCACCGGGAGUGUCACCGGGAGUGUCACCGGGAGUGUCACCGGGAGUGUCACCGGGAGUGUCACCGGGAGUGUCACCGGGAGUGUCACCGGGAGUGUCACCGGGAGUGUCACCGGGAGUGUCACCGGGAGUGUCACCGGGAGUGUCACCGGGAGUGUCACCGGGAGUGUCACCGGGAGUGUCACCGGGAGUGUCACCGGGAGUGUCACCGGGAGUGUCACCGGGAGUGUCACCGGGAGUGUCACCGGGAGUGUCACCGGGAGUGUCACCGGGAGUGUCACCGGGAGUGUCACCGGGAGUGUCACCGGGAGUGUCACCGGGAGUGUCACCGGGAGUGUCACCGGGAGUGUCACCGGGAGUGUCACCGGGAGUGUCACCGGGAGUGUCACCGGGAGUGUCACCGGGAGUGUCACCGGGAGUGUCACCGGGAGUGUCACCGGGAGUGUCACCGGGAGUGUCACCGGGAGUGUCACCGGGAGUGUCACCGGGAGUGUCACCGGGAGUGUCACCGGGAGUGUCACCGGGAGUGUCACCGGGAGUGUCACCGGGAGUGUCACCGGGAGUGUCACCGGGAGUGUCACCGGGAGUGUCACCGGGAGUGUCACCGGGAGUGUCACCGGGAGUGUCACCGGGAGUGUCACCGGGAGUGUCACCGGGAGUGUCACCGGGAGUGUCACCGGGAGUGUCACCGGGAGUGUCACCGGGAGUGUCACCGGGAGUGUCACCGGGAGUGUCACCGGGAGUGUCACCGGGAGUGUCACCGGGAGUGUCACCGGGAGUGUCACCGGGAGUGUCACCGGGAGUGUCACCGGGAGUGUCACCGGGAGUGUCACCGGGAGUGUCACCGGGAGUGUCACCGGGAGUGUCACCGGGAGUGUCACCGGGAGUGUCACCGGGAGUGUCACCGGGAGUGUCACCGGGAGUGUCACCGGGAGUGUCACCGGGAGUGUCACCGGGAGUGUCACCGGGAGUGUCACCGGGAGUGUCACCGGGAGUGUCACCGGGAGUGUCACCGGGAGUGUCACCGGGAGUGUCACCGGGAGUGUCACCGGGAGUGUCACCGGGAGUGUCACCGGGAGUGUCACCGGGAGUGUCACCGGGAGUGUCACCGGGAGUGUCACCGGGAGUGUCACCGGGAGUGUCACCGGGAGUGUCACCGGGAGUGUCACCGGGAGUGUCACCGGGAGUGUCACCGGGAGUGUCACCGGGAGUGUCACCGGGAGUGUCACCGGGAGUGUCACCGGGAGUGUCACCGGGAGUGUCACCGGGAGUGUCACCGGGAGUGUCACCGGGAGUGUCACCGGGAGUGUCACCGGGAGUGUCACCGGGAGUGUCACCGGGAGUGUCACCGGGAGUGUCACCGGGAGUGUCACCGGGAGUGUCACCGGGAGUGUCACCGGGAGUGUCACCGGGAGUGUCACCGGGAGUGUCACCGGGAGUGUCACCGGGAGUGUCACCGGGAGUGUCACCGGGAGUGUCACCGGGAGUGUCACCGGGAGUGUCACCGGGAGUGUCACCGGGAGUGUCACCGGGAGUGUCACCGGGAGUGUCACCGGGAGUGUCACCGGGAGUGUCACCGGGAGUGUCACCGGGAGUGUCACCGGGAGUGUCACCGGGAGUGUCACCGGGAGUGUCACCGGGAGUGUCACCGGGAGUGUCACCGGGAGUGUCACCGGGAGUGUCACCGGGAGUGUCACCGGGAGUGUCACCGGGAGUGUCACCGGGAGUGUCACCGGGAGUGUCACCGGGAGUGUCACCGGGAGUGUCACCGGGAGUGUCACCGGGAGUGUCACCGGGAGUGUCACCGGGAGUGUCACCGGGAGUGUCACCGGGAGUGUCACCGGGAGUGUCACCGGGAGUGUCACCGGGAGUGUCACCGGGAGUGUCACCGGGAGUGUCACCGGGAGUGUCACCGGGAGUGUCACCGGGAGUGUCACCGGGAGUGUCACCGGGAGUGUCACCGGGAGUGUCACCGGGAGUGUCACCGGGAGUGUCACCGGGAGUGUCACCGGGAGUGUCACCGGGAGUGUCACCGGGAGUGUCACCGGGAGUGUCACCGGGAGUGUCACCGGGAGUGUCACCGGGAGUGUCACCGGGAGUGUCACCGGGAGUGUCACCGGGAGUGUCACCGGGAGUGUCACCGGGAGUGUCACCGGGAGUGUCACCGGGAGUGUCACCGGGAGUGUCACCGGGAGUGUCACCGGGAGUGUCACCGGGAGUGUCACCGGGAGUGUCACCGGGAGUGUCACCGGGAGUGUCACCGGGAGUGUCACCGGGAGUGUCACCGGGAGUGUCACCGGGAGUGUCACCGGGAGUGUCACCGGGAGUGUCACCGGGAGUGUCACCGGGAGUGUCACCGGGAGUGUCACCGGGAGUGUCACCGGGAGUGUCACCGGGAGUGUCACCGGGAGUGUCACCGGGAGUGUCACCGGGAGUGUCACCGGGAGUGUCACCGGGAGUGUCACCGGGAGUGUCACCGGGAGUGUCACCGGGAGUGUCACCGGGAGUGUCACCGGGAGUGUCACCGGGAGUGUCACCGGGAGUGUCACCGGGAGUGUCACCGGGAGUGUCACCGGGAGUGUCACCGGGAGUGUCACCGGGAGUGUCACCGGGAGUGUCACCGGGAGUGUCACCGGGAGUGUCACCGGGAGUGUCACCGGGAGUGUCACCGGGAGUGUCACCGGGAGUGUCACCGGGAGUGUCACCGGGAGUGUCACCGGGAGUGUCACCGGGAGUGUCACCGGGAGUGUCACCGGGAGUGUCACCGGGAGUGUCACCGGGAGUGUCACCGGGAGUGUCACCGGGAGUGUCACCGGGAGUGUCACCGGGAGUGUCACCGGGAGUGUCACCGGGAGUGUCACCGGGAGUGUCACCGGGAGUGUCACCGGGAGUGUCACCGGGAGUGUCACCGGGAGUGUCACCGGGAGUGUCACCGGGAGUGUCACCGGGAGUGUCACCGGGAGUGUCACCGGGAGUGUCACCGGGAGUGUCACCGGGAGUGUCACCGGGAGUGUCACCGGGAGUGUCACCGGGAGUGUCACCGGGAGUGUCACCGGGAGUGUCACCGGGAGUGUCACCGGGAGUGUCACCGGGAGUGUCACCGGGAGUGUCACCGGGAGUGUCACCGGGAGUGUCACCGGGAGUGUCACCGGGAGUGUCACCGGGAGUGUCACCGGGAGUGUCACCGGGAGUGUCACCGGGAGUGUCACCGGGAGUGUCACCGGGAGUGUCACCGGGAGUGUCACCGGGAGUGUCACCGGGAGUGUCACCGGGAGUGUCACCGGGAGUGUCACCGGGAGUGUCACCGGGAGUGUCACCGGGAGUGUCACCGGGAGUGUCACCGGGAGUGUCACCGGGAGUGUCACCGGGAGUGUCACCGGGAGUGUCACCGGGAGUGUCACCGGGAGUGUCACCGGGAGUGUCACCGGGAGUGUCACCGGGAGUGUCACCGGGAGUGUCACCGGGAGUGUCACCGGGAGUGUCACCGGGAGUGUCACCGGGAGUGUCACCGGGAGUGUCACCGGGAGUGUCACCGGGAGUGUCACCGGGAGUGUCACCGGGAGUGUCACCGGGAGUGUCACCGGGAGUGUCACCGGGAGUGUCACCGGGAGUGUCACCGGGAGUGUCACCGGGAGUGUCACCGGGAGUGUCACCGGGAGUGUCACCGGGAGUGUCACCGGGAGUGUCACCGGGAGUGUCACCGGGAGUGUCACCGGGAGUGUCACCGGGAGUGUCACCGGGAGUGUCACCGGGAGUGUCACCGGGAGUGUCACCGGGAGUGUCACCGGGAGUGUCACCGGGAGUGUCACCGGGAGUGUCACCGGGAGUGUCACCGGGAGUGUCACCGGGAGUGUCACCGGGAGUGUCACCGGGAGUGUCACCGGGAGUGUCACCGGGAGUGUCACCGGGAGUGUCACCGGGAGUGUCACCGGGAGUGUCACCGGGAGUGUCACCGGGAGUGUCACCGGGAGUGUCACCGGGAGUGUCACCGGGAGUGUCACCGGGAGUGUCACCGGGAGUGUCACCGGGAGUGUCACCGGGAGUGUCACCGGGAGUGUCACCGGGAGUGUCACCGGGAGUGUCACCGGGAGUGUCACCGGGAGUGUCACCGGGAGUGUCACCGGGAGUGUCACCGGGAGUGUCACCGGGAGUGUCACCGGGAGUGUCACCGGGAGUGUCACCGGGAGUGUCACCGGGAGUGUCACCGGGAGUGUCACCGGGAGUGUCACCGGGAGUGUCACCGGGAGUGUCACCGGGAGUGUCACCGGGAGUGUCACCGGGAGUGUCACCGGGAGUGUCACCGGGAGUGUCACCGGGAGUGUCACCGGGAGUGUCACCGGGAGUGUCACCGGGAGUGUCACCGGGAGUGUCACCGGGAGUGUCACCGGGAGUGUCACCGGGAGUGUCACCGGGAGUGUCACCGGGAGUGUCACCGGGAGUGUCACCGGGAGUGUCACCGGGAGUGUCACCGGGAGUGUCACCGGGAGUGUCACCGGGAGUGUCACCGGGAGUGUCACCGGGAGUGUCACCGGGAGUGUCACCGGGAGUGUCACCGGGAGUGUCACCGGGAGUGUCACCGGGAGUGUCACCGGGAGUGUCACCGGGAGUGUCACCGGGAGUGUCACCGGGAGUGUCACCGGGAGUGUCACCGGGAGUGUCACCGGGAGUGUCACCGGGAGUGUCACCGGGAGUGUCACCGGGAGUGUCACCGGGAGUGUCACCGGGAGUGUCACCGGGAGUGUCACCGGGAGUGUCACCGGGAGUGUCACCGGGAGUGUCACCGGGAGUGUCACCGGGAGUGUCACCGGGAGUGUCACCGGGAGUGUCACCGGGAGUGUCACCGGGAGUGUCACCGGGAGUGUCACCGGGAGUGUCACCGGGAGUGUCACCGGGAGUGUCACCGGGAGUGUCACCGGGAGUGUCACCGGGAGUGUCACCGGGAGUGUCACCGGGAGUGUCACCGGGAGUGUCACCGGGAGUGUCACCGGGAGUGUCACCGGGAGUGUCACCGGGAGUGUCACCGGGAGUGUCACCGGGAGUGUCACCGGGAGUGUCACCGGGAGUGUCACCGGGAGUGUCACCGGGAGUGUCACCGGGAGUGUCACCGGGAGUGUCACCGGGAGUGUCACCGGGAGUGUCACCGGGAGUGUCACCGGGAGUGUCACCGGGAGUGUCACCGGGAGUGUCACCGGGAGUGUCACCGGGAGUGUCACCGGGAGUGUCACCGGGAGUGUCACCGGGAGUGUCACCGGGAGUGUCACCGGGAGUGUCACCGGGAGUGUCACCGGGAGUGUCACCGGGAGUGUCACCGGGAGUGUCACCGGGAGUGUCACCGGGAGUGUCACCGGGAGUGUCACCGGGAGUGUCACCGGGAGUGUCACCGGGAGUGUCACCGGGAGUGUCACCGGGAGUGUCACCGGGAGUGUCACCGGGAGUGUCACCGGGAGUGUCACCGGGAGUGUCACCGGGAGUGUCACCGGGAGUGUCACCGGGAGUGUCACCGGGAGUGUCACCGGGAGUGUCACCGGGAGUGUCACCGGGAGUGUCACCGGGAGUGUCACCGGGAGUGUCACCGGGAGUGUCACCGGGAGUGUCACCGGGAGUGUCACCGGGAGUGUCACCGGGAGUGUCACCGGGAGUGUCACCGGGAGUGUCACCGGGAGUGUCACCGGGAGUGUCACCGGGAGUGUCACCGGGAGUGUCACCGGGAGUGUCACCGGGAGUGUCACCGGGAGUGUCACCGGGAGUGUCACCGGGAGUGUCACCGGGAGUGUCACCGGGAGUGUCACCGGGAGUGUCACCGGGAGUGUCACCGGGAGUGUCACCGGGAGUGUCACCGGGAGUGUCACCGGGAGUGUCACCGGGAGUGUCACCGGGAGUGUCACCGGGAGUGUCACCGGGAGUGUCACCGGGAGUGUCACCGGGAGUGUCACCGGGAGUGUCACCGGGAGUGUCACCGGGAGUGUCACCGGGAGUGUCACCGGGAGUGUCACCGGGAGUGUCACCGGGAGUGUCACCGGGAGUGUCACCGGGAGUGUCACCGGGAGUGUCACCGGGAGUGUCACCGGGAGUGUCACCGGGAGUGUCACCGGGAGUGUCACCGGGAGUGUCACCGGGAGUGUCACCGGGAGUGUCACCGGGAGUGUCACCGGGAGUGUCACCGGGAGUGUCACCGGGAGUGUCACCGGGAGUGUCACCGGGAGUGUCACCGGGAGUGUCACCGGGAGUGUCACCGGGAGUGUCACCGGGAGUGUCACCGGGAGUGUCACCGGGAGUGUCACCGGGAGUGUCACCGGGAGUGUCACCGGGAGUGUCACCGGGAGUGUCACCGGGAGUGUCACCGGGAGUGUCACCGGGAGUGUCACCGGGAGUGUCACCGGGAGUGUCACCGGGAGUGUCACCGGGAGUGUCACCGGGAGUGUCACCGGGAGUGUCACCGGGAGUGUCACCGGGAGUGUCACCGGGAGUGUCACCGGGAGUGUCACCGGGAGUGUCACCGGGAGUGUCACCGGGAGUGUCACCGGGAGUGUCACCGGGAGUGUCACCGGGAGUGUCACCGGGAGUGUCACCGGGAGUGUCACCGGGAGUGUCACCGGGAGUGUCACCGGGAGUGUCACCGGGAGUGUCACCGGGAGUGUCACCGGGAGUGUCACCGGGAGUGUCACCGGGAGUGUCACCGGGAGUGUCACCGGGAGUGUCACCGGGAGUGUCACCGGGAGUGUCACCGGGAGUGUCACCGGGAGUGUCACCGGGAGUGUCACCGGGAGUGUCACCGGGAGUGUCACCGGGAGUGUCACCGGGAGUGUCACCGGGAGUGUCACCGGGAGUGUCACCGGGAGUGUCACCGGGAGUGUCACCGGGAGUGUCACCGGGAGUGUCACCGGGAGUGUCACCGGGAGUGUCACCGGGAGUGUCACCGGGAGUGUCACCGGGAGUGUCACCGGGAGUGUCACCGGGAGUGUCACCGGGAGUGUCACCGGGAGUGUCACCGGGAGUGUCACCGGGAGUGUCACCGGGAGUGUCACCGGGAGUGUCACCGGGAGUGUCACCGGGAGUGUCACCGGGAGUGUCACCGGGAGUGUCACCGGGAGUGUCACCGGGAGUGUCACCGGGAGUGUCACCGGGAGUGUCACCGGGAGUGUCACCGGGAGUGUCACCGGGAGUGUCACCGGGAGUGUCACCGGGAGUGUCACCGGGAGUGUCACCGGGAGUGUCACCGGGAGUGUCACCGGGAGUGUCACCGGGAGUGUCACCGGGAGUGUCACCGGGAGUGUCACCGGGAGUGUCACCGGGAGUGUCACCGGGAGUGUCACCGGGAGUGUCACCGGGAGUGUCACCGGGAGUGUCACCGGGAGUGUCACCGGGAGUGUCACCGGGAGUGUCACCGGGAGUGUCACCGGGAGUGUCACCGGGAGUGUCACCGGGAGUGUCACCGGGAGUGUCACCGGGAGUGUCACCGGGAGUGUCACCGGGAGUGUCACCGGGAGUGUCACCGGGAGUGUCACCGGGAGUGUCACCGGGAGUGUCACCGGGAGUGUCACCGGGAGUGUCACCGGGAGUGUCACCGGGAGUGUCACCGGGAGUGUCACCGGGAGUGUCACCGGGAGUGUCACCGGGAGUGUCACCGGGAGUGUCACCGGGAGUGUCACCGGGAGUGUCACCGGGAGUGUCACCGGGAGUGUCACCGGGAGUGUCACCGGGAGUGUCACCGGGAGUGUCACCGGGAGUGUCACCGGGAGUGUCACCGGGAGUGUCACCGGGAGUGUCACCGGGAGUGUCACCGGGAGUGUCACCGGGAGUGUCACCGGGAGUGUCACCGGGAGUGUCACCGGGAGUGUCACCGGGAGUGUCACCGGGAGUGUCACCGGGAGUGUCACCGGGAGUGUCACCGGGAGUGUCACCGGGAGUGUCACCGGGAGUGUCACCGGGAGUGUCACCGGGAGUGUCACCGGGAGUGUCACCGGGAGUGUCACCGGGAGUGUCACCGGGAGUGUCACCGGGAGUGUCACCGGGAGUGUCACCGGGAGUGUCACCGGGAGUGUCACCGGGAGUGUCACCGGGAGUGUCACCGGGAGUGUCACCGGGAGUGUCACCGGGAGUGUCACCGGGAGUGUCACCGGGAGUGUCACCGGGAGUGUCACCGGGAGUGUCACCGGGAGUGUCACCGGGAGUGUCACCGGGAGUGUCACCGGGAGUGUCACCGGGAGUGUCACCGGGAGUGUCACCGGGAGUGUCACCGGGAGUGUCACCGGGAGUGUCACCGGGAGUGUCACCGGGAGUGUCACCGGGAGUGUCACCGGGAGUGUCACCGGGAGUGUCACCGGGAGUGUCACCGGGAGUGUCACCGGGAGUGUCACCGGGAGUGUCACCGGGAGUGUCACCGGGAGUGUCACCGGGAGUGUCACCGGGAGUGUCACCGGGAGUGUCACCGGGAGUGUCACCGGGAGUGUCACCGGGAGUGUCACCGGGAGUGUCACCGGGAGUGUCACCGGGAGUGUCACCGGGAGUGUCACCGGGAGUGUCACCGGGAGUGUCACCGGGAGUGUCACCGGGAGUGUCACCGGGAGUGUCACCGGGAGUGUCACCGGGAGUGUCACCGGGAGUGUCACCGGGAGUGUCACCGGGAGUGUCACCGGGAGUGUCACCGGGAGUGUCACCGGGAGUGUCACCGGGAGUGUCACCGGGAGUGUCACCGGGAGUGUCACCGGGAGUGUCACCGGGAGUGUCACCGGGAGUGUCACCGGGAGUGUCACCGGGAGUGUCACCGGGAGUGUCACCGGGAGUGUCACCGGGAGUGUCACCGGGAGUGUCACCGGGAGUGUCACCGGGAGUGUCACCGGGAGUGUCACCGGGAGUGUCACCGGGAGUGUCACCGGGAGUGUCACCGGGAGUGUCACCGGGAGUGUCACCGGGAGUGUCACCGGGAGUGUCACCGGGAGUGUCACCGGGAGUGUCACCGGGAGUGUCACCGGGAGUGUCACCGGGAGUGUCACCGGGAGUGUCACCGGGAGUGUCACCGGGAGUGUCACCGGGAGUGUCACCGGGAGUGUCACCGGGAGUGUCACCGGGAGUGUCACCGGGAGUGUCACCGGGAGUGUCACCGGGAGUGUCACCGGGAGUGUCACCGGGAGUGUCACCGGGAGUGUCACCGGGAGUGUCACCGGGAGUGUCACCGGGAGUGUCACCGGGAGUGUCACCGGGAGUGUCACCGGGAGUGUCACCGGGAGUGUCACCGGGAGUGUCACCGGGAGUGUCACCGGGAGUGUCACCGGGAGUGUCACCGGGAGUGUCACCGGGAGUGUCACCGGGAGUGUCACCGGGAGUGUCACCGGGAGUGUCACCGGGAGUGUCACCGGGAGUGUCACCGGGAGUGUCACCGGGAGUGUCACCGGGAGUGUCACCGGGAGUGUCACCGGGAGUGUCACCGGGAGUGUCACCGGGAGUGUCACCGGGAGUGUCACCGGGAGUGUCACCGGGAGUGUCACCGGGAGUGUCACCGGGAGUGUCACCGGGAGUGUCACCGGGAGUGUCACCGGGAGUGUCACCGGGAGUGUCACCGGGAGUGUCACCGGGAGUGUCACCGGGAGUGUCACCGGGAGUGUCACCGGGAGUGUCACCGGGAGUGUCACCGGGAGUGUCACCGGGAGUGUCACCGGGAGUGUCACCGGGAGUGUCACCGGGAGUGUCACCGGGAGUGUCACCGGGAGUGUCACCGGGAGUGUCACCGGGAGUGUCACCGGGAGUGUCACCGGGAGUGUCACCGGGAGUGUCACCGGGAGUGUCACCGGGAGUGUCACCGGGAGUGUCACCGGGAGUGUCACCGGGAGUGUCACCGGGAGUGUCACCGGGAGUGUCACCGGGAGUGUCACCGGGAGUGUCACCGGGAGUGUCACCGGGAGUGUCACCGGGAGUGUCACCGGGAGUGUCACCGGGAGUGUCACCGGGAGUGUCACCGGGAGUGUCACCGGGAGUGUCACCGGGAGUGUCACCGGGAGUGUCACCGGGAGUGUCACCGGGAGUGUCACCGGGAGUGUCACCGGGAGUGUCACCGUAG